AUGAUUAUAUUCAUAUAUUUUUACACUUAUAAAAAAUUUCAUAUAUCCAUAUCAGGAUUUCCAAUGAAGUUGAGUUCUAUAACAAUUGAUUUUGAGCAAGCAUUGAUAUCUAGCAUAAAGGAGUCUUUUCCAAAUCAAAGAAUUAUUGGCUGCUUUUAUCACCUUAAUAAAAGCUUGAAAAGAAAAGCAAAAGCACUUGGGAUUUACAAAAAGAAAGAGGCAUCAGAACUGAGAAAUAAAACUGAUCAAAUUAUUAAAAGAAUAGAAAAACUAUGCUAUAAAAUAGAUGAUUUGGAGGUAGAGGUUGCAAAUAUUGAAAAAGAAUUCAUUGAAUCUGAAUCACUUAUGAAAUUCAUAAAUUACUUCAAGAAAACCUGAUUAAAAUAUUUUCGAGAUAACACUCUUAAUUAUAGCUCUAUAGAAGAGCGUAGAUAUAGAUCUAAUUCCAUGCUCGAAGGGAUUAAUGGAGAAAUUAAGAAGUUUUUCAAGGAUAAAGGUGUCAAUUUCAUGUGAAGUGAUUUCAUAUUAGCACUCCAAAAUCUAUAUAAGUACUUUUAUGAUGAUAUAAUUGCUUGCGGCAAUAAACCUGUUGUCUUUAGAUCAAAAGCAAAGAUACUAGAAGGCGAAUCUCAAAAAACAAUUGAAAAUGACUCAGAAACUGAGUCAACUAGUCAAAAUUCAACGCAUUCUAAUCUUGAAAUGCCAGAAGAAGAAAAAGGAAAGAAUGAAAAGAAUAAAAAAGAAAAUAAAAUUGAUGAAGAAGAUGAUGAAGAUGAUGAAGAUGAAAAUUCAGACAUCGAUGAAAAAGCAACAUUCAUGACUCCACUAAAGAAGAAGAUCUUAACAGGUAAGAGAAUAGUCAAGAGUCCUUUCAAUCCUAAACCCGUUAAAAGAAAAGUUGUGCCAGUAAGCGAUUUUCAGUGAAUCCGAUGGAAAAAUAGUUCAUGCAGAUUCGACAGCUUUUUUACUGUUGUCACUUUAUCAAUCUUAAACCAUGAACAAAAUAUAUUUGAUGCAUAUUUAGAAGAUGAAAGGAUUAGAGAUUUGGUGGAGACUAUGGAAGCUUUAAACAAAUCAAUCUAA